UGACAAACUAAGAAAAAUAUAUAAAAACCCAAAAAAUACAGUAAUUUGAAUCCCGUCACCAAUAUUUCUGUAACUUCAAAAUACCAGAGAGAAGGCUAAGAAAAGUGUUAUAUCAAGAUGGUUAUGCUUGGAGCGAUUGCAAGAAAUUUGGAUGCUCUUGCUGGACAUGGAGCAAUGCUUCUAUAUCCUCUAUAUGCAUCGCUGAGAGCAAUUGAGAGCCCUUCAACAUUGGAUGAUCAACAGUGGUUAACGUAUUGGAUUUUAUACUCAUUGAUAACCCUCUUUGAGCUUUCUUGUUGGAAAGUCCUUGAAUGGUUCCCAAUCUGGCCAUAUAUCAAGUUGACAUUCUGUUUGUGGCUAGUGUUGCCAGUUUUCAAUGGAGCUGCUUACAUUUAUGAGAAUUUUGUGAGGAAAUAUGUCAAAGUUGGAAGCUAUGUGAACCCAAAUUAUCCUGAAGGUCAGAGAAGGGUACUUCAGAUGAUAAGCCUUGACGCCAGGAAAUCAGUCGAGAAAUACAUCGAGAAAUAUGGUCCAGAAGCCUUCGAUCGAGUUAUCAAAGCGGCUGAGAAAGAGGCGAAGAAACACUGAGAAAUUAUUUUAAGUCCCUGAAAGUCCCAUUUAUCAGCUUUUCAUCCCCUUAAUUAUGAUUUGUUGAAGACUGAAUAAAGAUUAUAGAGCAGACAUGUAAUAGUGAAUAUGGGGGGAAGAUAAAACUAUUUAUUGAUUUUUUUAUUUUUAUUUUUUAUGUGGAUUAUUAACUAGCAGUGAUAAUAUUUCCACCAUUGUGCUCAAUAAAAGUUGCUGUUCAUCAAUGGAAAUAAUCUGAUUGAUUUU